AUGGUUUCACUAUUUCUACUCCUAUCCUUAGCAAUCCUCGUGCACUGCCAGGCCAACUUUGCCUGGAACUGUGCCAACAGCCGACAAGCGUGCAUUAACGCCUGUUUCGCAGUGCAAUGCGGCAAUGCAAACCCCAUCCAGACGCGCGGCCCACCUGGUAGCUCAACAGCCCAACGCAAGCGAGCUGGCUGCGCAGGCUCAAUCUGCAAUGCGUUGACUGCACCACACCCUGUUAUCGGACCAUCGUGCGACGAGUUCCCCUUCGCGAGCUCAACAGAGGGUGGUGACGGCGCAUAUCUGCGGUGUAUCCCCGCGGCCGACAACUACUCGCAGGGGGGCCAGCUGUCAGGGUUCUUCGUUGUAAACGGAGUCGUGGCAGGGGGCCAGUAUUAUACUUUCAUAACGAAUUCUGUCGGGCUGCGUUAUUGCGAUGCUGCUGUGCCUGGCGGCUGCGCCAACGACGGUCAGCAAUUCCACACGGUUCGCCUAUUGAAUAAGCGGGGAGUAGAGACGGAGAUUCCAAUGCUUGUUCCUGAUCCGGUCGAAGUCGGGGUCCAUGAUGGGGAAGAACAAGCCUUUAAUGUGACUCAGCCUUCUCCUAUGCGCAAGUUCGUCACUUCGAAUAAUAUUGAGAUAUGGCUGCUGGGUAGGGAUGUGAAGGAGGAUUUUAUCGGAAAAGAUAUUUGGUUUGCGGCUGCUGAGAGGCCUGUUAAGAUCCAGCGGGAGAUACCUCCGAAGCCAUGA